AUGGUCUUGUUGUGCUGUGGUUCACGGCCUGAAGAGGCCCCGAUAGAGAAGUCGACUCCGGUGUAUGACGCGGUGGUAUAUCCGGUACAUUUGUUGGAUCAGUCCACACUGAAGCAGGAACUGGUCACCUGGGUCCUGAGCUUCAAUGACGUGCUCUCUGCAGCUCUCUUGCACCAAUCUCUCUGCAAACUGCUGGAGAUUGGGGACUGGAAGAAGCUCGGGACUCGACUACGGGUCCGGGGUGAUGGCUUCAUGGAGGCAUAUGCCCCAAAAGAAUUCUCCGCGCAGACCCCUUGUUGCACAUUCUUCCACGAGAAGUUUUUCGAUACGCCUAUUGAAAGCGACCCUGUUGGAAAGCACUUCGUGUUGCCGAACAAAAGGGCCUUCACUCAGAGGUAUCCUUCGGACUACCGCCUUCACUUCCUUCCGCCAGGAGUCCCCUCAACCGUGCAGGACAUUGUGGACGGGGGAUUGUCCCAAUUAGUCCUUCGUGUUCUUUCGUUCCGAGACGCAACCAUCGUAACCCUCUCGUGGCCGCCCAACUCCAUGGACACGGCAAGCUUCAGAGCACUCCUUCAAAACUGGUCGCUAUGCAUGGCAGGACGCACAGACGAGGUUGCCACUGUUUUUGGGGCGCGCGAGGAUGCGCUCGUAAAGCUGGUUAUAAUUGCCGAACGAGAGAGAAACCUCGACGAGCUCAGAAGGGACAGAAAACUCAAGGCCUUGUCGCAGAACCCGAUUUCGAAAUGGUGGACACGACGGAGCCACAAACCACUGCAGAGUAGGAUGGUGUUCAUCCCCCAGGCUAUCUACGACAGCUUCAUGAAGGAGAUUCGCAAAGACAUCGCCAGCAUACUGGAAGACGACGUCCAGCGAUCAAUGACAAGCGCCGCGGACAUCAUCUUGGCCUGGAUGAGCAAACUACAGGCCGCAGCUGACCCCAAACCUAAGGGUGUCUUGUCCACGUCCAUGGUCAACCUACGGUGCCGCAUUUCCACGCUUCGCGACCCGUCAGGAGAGUAUCUCCAAAAUCUGACACUGCCGGCCUACUCGUACAUGUCUCCCGAAGAAGCCACGGAUACAAUCGGCGCCAUCGCCCUCCACCACAAGCACAACAUGCAGGACCAGAUGUCGGAACACCAACUGCUCGCCCUAGCGAGGCACAUUAUCGACAAGAAGAGGCGCGGCAAGAACCCGCUCCCCAUGUGCGACGUGUCAAACAUGCCGUGUCUCGAGUUCCAAAACUUUUCCCCGCUGCAACUCUUCUCGGCCGCCGACUUCUCGCCAGCGGUUGUGUGCGCCGGCGAGUUCGACAAUCCUCGGUGGAACCCCCCCGGACGCGUGACCACGGCGUACUAUCUCAUGGAGAGCACGAAUCUGGACGAAAGCGUUUGCGCCGUGCUGGGCAAGGAUCUCGGCGGCAACUUUUGGAUGACGUGCCAGCUGGAGCCCGAGGUGUGGAUCAAGGUCGAGGAGGAGUUGUACAACCUGCAGAAGUCGGUGAACUCGCCCACUUCGGGGCAUUGUAUCCGGUUCUACAAUUAUUCCACGCGCAAAGUAUCCGUCAGGACUUCGUUCUGA